AUCAGGUAAGUCCCGGUGCGGUCUCCGUCUCGAAAACCACGGGCAGUCAUGGGGCUCACCUAAGUGAGUGUGUGAGCGCGCGAUUAUGCACGCCGUGCUUUUCGUGCCCGCCGUCUACCUUUUGCUUCUUCUCACCCCUUUCACGACUUCCUGGUGGGCCGCUGGCAGCUUCUUGGUAAUGGAUCCAAAUCAGACAUGCAAGAGAGCAAGAUGGCAGAGAGGAAAAAUGGCCGACAUUUGUCAUAACAAACCAGGUCUAUUGAACCAAAUAGCUAAAGGUGUUGCUCUUGCUCAAACAGAGUGCCAGUAUCAGUUCAGAUAUAGAAGAUGGAAUUGCACAACUCUGAGAAGGAGUAUCAAAAAAGUCAUGUUGAGAGAUACGAGAGAGACAGGUUUCGUGAAUGCCAUUGUAGCAGCUGGAAUAACCUUCCAGGUGACAAGAGCUUGUACCAAAGGUGAGCAGAUAGGAUGCUCUUGUUCCAAGAGGAAGAAGAAAAGAAAUAAAAAGAAACAUACCAAUCCUCCCUUGCCUGAAGGGGAUUGGGAAUGGGAUGGAUGUGGGGAGAAUAUCGAAUUCGGUAUCAAAAAGUCCAAGGAUUUUCUGGAUAAUAGGUACAAGAAGAGAAGUGAUAUGAAAACUCUAGUUAAGUUACACAACUAUGUGGCUGGACGAAUGGCCAUCAAAAACCACAUGCGAACAGUCUGCAAGUGUCACGGUCUGUCGGGAUCCUGCACACUGAAAACCUGCACCAGAAAAAUGCCAACUUUCAGAGAAAUUGGUAACCGACUCAAAGAACGCUUUGACGGCGCCGCCAAGGUCAUACCAGGCAACGACGGGCAGAGCUUCAUGCCUGAAGGCGAAACCAUCAAGCCACCAGGUCGCGUGGACCUAGUCUACUCGGAAGAAUCCCCCACUUUCUGCGAACCAGACAGCGCGCUGGGAUCUUUUGGAACCAAGGGGAGAGUUUGUAACGAUACUUCUCAAGGAGAAGAGGGCUGUGGAAUUCUUUGUUGUGGGCGAGGCCAUAAGCCGCACAACGAGGAAGUGAAAGUUAACUGUAACUGUACGUUCAAGUAUUGCUGUGAGGUUCACUGUGACGUUUGCAAGGUGGUCAAGAAGAUAAAUACUUGUGAGUGAUGUUCUGUGGAAUAAAUUUUGUGAUCAUGGACUAAUGAGUUAGUAGCGAGGCUAAUAAGUUAUAGUUUUGUAAUGAGCUUUGAUAUCGGUUAUAAUGUUUAGUAAAUUAUUUACAAACAA